AUGAAAUUCGUGCUAAACUGGAUACUCCUUUACCUUGUAGCCUGCGGGAGUUCAUCCAAAAAUGUACAACACAAAAGGGAGUACACCGUGAGACAGAAGAACGGGGUGGGGACCCCCCAUCCCGCCAAGCUUUACAAAAAGUGUAAAAAUAAAAAGAGGCACUUCGGGGACAGCCUGCAAAAUUUUACUAACAGGAAAAGAGUCCCCAAGUGGGAAAGGAAAAAUGAAAAAAGUGGAGUGCAAAUCAGGAGAGUGCUUAGCAAUAGAGUGCCGAACAACAGAGCGCUUCUCCACAACAGAGCGCUUCUCCACAACGGAGCGUUUCUCCACAACGGAGCGUUUCUCCACAACGGAGCGUAUCUCCACAACGGAACGCUUCUCCACAAUGGAACGCUUCUCCACAACGGAACGCUUCUCAACCAUGGUGCGCCUCUUACCAAAACGCGCUUCGUACCCAAAAGAGGAAAAACAAGCAACCAUUUGGGGCCCAUACAACUGAGUAACGCAAACCCAAAGAUAGAUCCUUUUCUAGUGCCAAGGGACACACAGCAGAGUGAAAUAAACACAGAAAAAAGCAUCUUUUCAAGCCUAUAUUCCCAAAUGCUUGAAAAAAGUAGGCAUAAAAAUAACAUAUUAAAUGAUGUGAGCAAACUGUUUAAGGUAAUACGAGAGAGUAAACACAUAUUUUUCGUAGGCUUUUUACUAACAAUAGUUUCGUCAGUAGUCGAUUCGUACAUUCCGAUCUUUCUGUCCAAAACGAUAACCUACGUGAUGAAUAAAAGUGUGAUGAUUGCCCAAACGAACCACAUACCAAUUGUGAAUUCUUUCCUUUCCCAAUUCAAAUUCAACAACCCCUUCUACGCAUAUGUAUCUGUUUCUCUGGUGAGCUUAUUACUUUCUUCCAUGCGGUCGUAUAUCUUUAACAUAUGCGCAUACAUAAGCACUAACAAACUGCAAAAUUACCUAUUUAGAGUGUUGCUACAUAAGCACAUUAGCUACUUUAAGAAAAGGGGGAAAGGGGAAUUGAUCAGUAGACUAAACAUCGACUCCUCUGAACUUAUCGACAUAUUUACAACGAACAUGAUUGUUCUCUUACGUAAUGUAAUAAAGACAGUGUUGUCUUUUUAUUUUUUGUACAAAAUUAAUGUGAACCUCUUUGUGGUGUCUCUCUUUAUUGUCCUAACGAUUACUAACAUAUCAAUAUUUUUCUCUAGCAUAUUUCGAAAACUCGCAAAAGAAGAAAGUAAUGUCGUGGCAUACUCAAAUAAUGUCGUAGAAGAAUCCAUUGACAACUUAUCCCUCAUAAAUAGUUUCAACACACAUGGUAAAGAGAUUUCCAAAUUUAAUCGCUCCUUGGAUGCAAUAUAUACGAUCAGAAUGAAAUUAGGUCUUCUCUACAUCAUAGAAAAGCUCCUAAUCCGAUUAAUUGAUAUGAUAACACUUGUCGUCACUCUGAUAUUAAGCAAAAAGACGUUAAAGAGUAACAUCCACAUCGAUUCAAGAAUUGCCAUCUCGUCAGUUAUGUACAUGCAAAAUAUUAUCGCACAGUCAUGUACCAUAGAACAGCAGUAUUCCAGAGUGCAGGAACUCAUAGGAAAUGCCGAAGACAUUAUCAAAUUGAUUGAAAAGGAUUCAGCCCGUGGUAACUCCAGUAAGUUUGCAUCCCACAAGUAUACUCCCCUAAAUUUGCUAAACUUUUUGGAUUUAAAAAAUACUAUCUUUAAAUAUUCCCUUAUCAAAAAAUUUCAAGCCAUCCAAAAAAACGCCGAAUACGUUGCCAGUGUUGUUAAGCCCAAUUAUUUAAAACUCUUCGAAAGAAACUAUAACAAUUUGAGAAAGUUUUUACCCGACGAUAAAUGCGCCUUGAAGGACGACCCGGGGGGGGAUUUCCCCUGUGUCGAAACCAAACGGGUUGAAAGUGACACUCUUGGGAGUGUUAGCAACCAUGUAGGGAAUAAUCGCCAAGUGGGCGCACAUAGGACGAAUAACCCCACAUAUAAUGGAUUCAUCCCAAGUGAUCCCCUCCCAGAGGUAGCAACCACGAACCUUGCGCCUAACGCAAGGCAGACAGAGACAGACCCCAUUACAAUGUUGAAGGGACAGAUUCAGUUACACUCUUCUUCUUCUUCUCCUCCCCCGACGCUAACCACCACGGAUCACACCCUCAAGGGGGGUGAAAAAAUUGCGCCCAAAUUAAAAAAAAAUAAAACCCAAAUGAACAUACAAGAAAUAUAUAGCUACAUAAAAAACGACCAUGAACUUAUAAUCAAGCAAAAGUUGGACAAAAAAUUUAUACAAUUCUUGAAAACGAAAUAUAAGAAAAAUAUUAUAUCGCUAAUCCUAAAGUUGUAUGAAGAGCGACACCACCCUGUGAGUGAGGAACUCCUUUUCAUGCUUGACAACAUCAGCUCCUUCAAAAGGCUAUCCAUGAAGGAUAAAAAAAGCAUUUUAAAAUUGAGCAACAUAACGAACAACACGCUAUAUGUCAUACUGCUCACUUUCCUGUUUUACAACUACUCCAAGUUUUACUACAAGAGGAAGAAAAGGACUCCGGUCAAUCUGCUGGAGAAGAAAUCGAAAAUGGGAUUGGCCACCUCAACCUCGAGCAAAACCCUCUUCAAUGAUUGUGCAAAUGAUGUGGACCACGUAACCCUAGAUGGCAUCAACAUGAAUGACGUGCUAAGUGACACCACCAUCACGGAGAUGCACCAUGAUAACGCACAAAACGGAGGUUACAACGAAGACAGCUCCAUAGAUGAGAACAAUACAGUGACCAACUCAGGCGACAAAGAAAACUUAGACGACUCGCUGAAACAUAGCGAACUGAAUACCUCCACCGAAAUUGAAGAUAACGGAGAAACAGCUUCCAACUUAAGCGCAAUGGAAGGUAGCUACACAAAAUUAGAAAUUUUAAAAUUUAUCGAUGAAAAUUACAAACACAUAAACGAAAACUUAAUCCUAGAUAAUGUCAAAGACGACAAAAAGGGAAGUAGCUUAAUUUUCGAAAAUGUAGAUUUCUACUAUGCAAAAUUUCCAAAAAAUAAAAUUUUAUCAAAUAUUAAUUUGAACUUCACCAAUAAGUAUACCUACGGAAUUCUCUGUUAUAACGACUCGGGCAAGGAUGAUCUCUCCAAGUUGUGCACACGGCUGUAUACCAAAACGUACGGGAGCAUUCUCUUAGACAAUGAAAAUAUAGAAAACAUCUCAAAGUACAUACUGACAAAGAAAAUUUCCCUAGUGGAGGAAGACACUUACCUGUUCAGCGAUAGCAUAAUCUACAACAUACUGUACUCCUACAAUUGCAGGACGAAGGCGAAUAAAUAUUUGUCCUACUUUAAUUACACUUUCGGGUUAAAUAAAAACAGCAUAAACAGCUGCGUACAUUUAUUCCCUUCAGAUGGUGACCUUCUCGGGGAGAAUGAAGAAAAGGCUGAGAAAAAGCUGAAAGGAACAAAUCCCCCCAGUAAAGGAGACCCUUCGCCUGCGGACGCCGAAACGACGCAAGCGAACUAUCCCUCCCCUCAAUUUAAAAAAUGCCUAAUUUACAACAAAUAUAAAGUACAUUUCGUGAAAAAGUUAUAUAAAGAAAUUAUUAAAGUUUCCAAAAUUGUCUGUAUAGACGAUUUGAUCAGUUCUUAUAAGGACAAAUUUUUUCACAACAUUAAUGAAAAAACAUUGUCAGGUGGACAAAAGCAAAAAAUUUCCCUAGCUAGAGCUAUCAUAAAAAAGCCAAAAAUACUAAUUUUAGACGAAGCAUUUAGCGCCCUCGAUUCUGCAAAUGAGUUGAAAAUUUUCUCAAAUAUAAAAAGCUACCUGCCCAACUCUACGAUCAUAAAUCUCUCCCAUAAAAUUACGACAAUUGAUCGAUGCGAUUACAUUUAUGUUUUGAAAGACGGGAAAAUUAUUGAGCACGGUUUAAGGACCAAACUGAAGGAAAACAAAAACAGCGAGUACUCCAAAAAGAUGAGCGAGUUUUAG